AUGUCCCAGGCACCGCAAAUCCGCUCUCUCUACCGCCGCAUUCUGCGCGAACUCCCCUCGACUCCCCAAACCACACGCACGCAGCACCAAAAGCUAUCCGCACCAUCACAUCUGCAACAACGCAUACGGUCAACCAUUUCAAAAUCAUCGGCGAGCACAAGUGGUCAGAUACACCAAGCAGAACAAUUCAUCCAGUACGUGCAAGCACAACGAACGUAUGCGACGCUGCUCGAACGGUAUAAUCCGGGUAUGGGGAUGAGUGAGGAGGAACGGGUGAGAUUGAGUGCUAGGAGAGUGGGCAUGAAUCUACCGGUCGAAUUUGACGGUUCGAAGGAGAAUCAGUGA